AGACGCGCCGCCGCUGCCAUGGCCCAGUCCCUGUGCCGGCCGCUCUCCGAGUCCUGGAUUCUCCCCGCGGCCUGGGGACCAGCUCAGCCGCCGCCGCCCUCUGACAGGGACUGCGGCUGCUCCCCCGCCUCGUCCCCAAACUCCUGGGGCAGCGCCCCGGCUGGCAGCCCCGUGCCGAGACCCAGGCGGCCCGGAUCUCGCGCAGCCCCUCGCGUCCCGACCACCGAGAGGCGCGGCCCCCGGAGCAGCCGCCUGGGCAGCGGGCAGCGGCAGAGCGCCAGCGAGCGCGAGAAGCUGCGCAUGCGCACGCUCGCCCGCGCGCUGCACGAGCUGCGCCGCUUCCUGCCGCCGUCGGUGGCGCCGACCGGCCAGAGCCUGACCAAGAUCGAGACGCUGCGCCUGGCCAUCCGCUACAUCGGCCACCUGUCGGCUGUGCUGGGCCUCAGCGAGGAGAGCCUGCGGCGCCGGCGACACAGCGACGCGGUGCUCGCUCGGGGCUGCCCGCUCUGCCCCGACGGCGGCCCCGCUCAGGCGACGCAGGCGCGCGGCCCGGUCCUGGGCUCAGCCGCCCCCGCCGCGGGGUCCUGGGCGUCCUCGCCCGCCUGCCCCGGAGCCCAGGCGGCGCUCGAGCCGCGCGACCCGCCAGUGUUCUACGACGAAGCGGUGUGGCGGGAAGGGCAGGCGACGGAGCCGGACCCCUCGUCUCCGCUCCUCACCGGCGACGUGCUGGCCCUGCUGGAGAGCUGGAUGCCCCUCUCGCCCCUGGAGUGGCCACCGGCCUGAGAAGUGGAAGUGACGAC